GCUUCUCCCGGAUGCGGCUCGGUGUCCGCCAGCUGUUGGCAGCUGGGACGUUUGGCCCCCUGAGCCUUUUUAAGAGCUUUCUUGGGGAAGAAGGGGUCAGACUGUGGGAAGAGUCAGCUGCUGGCAGGAAGGUGGUUUGUACCCGGAAGAGGCACAAAACUUCCCCAGUUCAGAACAUUUCACCACAUUAAAGGCAGGCAGGUUUAGAUCUGCACAAGAACCAAGAUCAGGAACCAUGGCAUCCAUUCCAUCCAGCGGCUCCCUCAUGGCCACGCACAACUAUCGCAGAAGGCGCCUGAGCUCCACAUCCAGCACCAGCUCCUGCAGCUCAGAGUACUCUGGGGAGGUCAUCCCCCAUGGCCUGGACCUGCCCAAGUCUGACCCCGGCCAGUGGUGGGCCAGCUUCUUCUUUGGGAAGACGACUCAGCCAGCCAUGACAACGGUGUCAGAGUCCCAGGAGAGCUUGGGAGCUCUGCGGGUGGCCACAGGACCGAUGGCCUGUGCCCUGGUGGCAGCCCCGGGCGCGGGACGGAGGCGCCACGUCAGCGAGUCCAGCGCGGCGCCCUCGGUGUGAGCGGGUCGGCGGCUGCUCCCCCCCUCCCCUGUAGAGUAGCUGGCUGCUCCAAGGAAAAGGUGCUGCUUUCUGAUGGAGAAGUGCAGCAACCCCGACAAUUCCACUCCGGCUUUUUUUACUCUCUCCCAGUGUAACUAAGCCCUCCCAAAGCUUUUCCUGAACUUGUACAAUGGCAACGAAUAAACUUGAGCAGCCUUUUAAAA